AUGAAGGCAACCGAUUUUCUUCCUCUCUUAGGCUUGCUACCAUGUCUGAACGCAGCACCACCGCCCAAGCAUGGCUUUGACUUAUCCAAGAUCACCAAGAUUGUAUCCUUCGGCGAUUCGUGGACAGAUACUCGUUUCGACGUUUUGGGCCAGCAGCCUUCUCUGUCGAACCCAAUUGGGAAUACGGGAAAGACCAGUUCCAAUGGUAAAAUGUGGCCUGAGUACUUGACAACACAGUACAACAAGUCUUCAAUUCUACUCUACAACAUGGCUGUAGGAGGUGCAGUUGUCGAUAGAGACAUUGUGACGACUGGCCCGAACGACGUCGAUACUCAAGUGCAUGACAAAUUCCAGGUCUACGCGAAACAGCAGCCUGGGUUCUUUCCACCCAAGGAAACACUUUGGACUAUGUUCAUAGGUAUUAACGAUAUCUACCGAACAAUCACCAAUGAAGACCAAGAGGACACGAUCGUUGCAACGAUUGAGCGCAUUCGCGAAAUUACUCUGGAUCUCUACAGCUACGGCGCUAGACAAUUCCUUUUCAUCUCGACGCCUCCGCAGUCUGUUUUCCCGAACAAUAGGCCCAAGGACAUUGCUCCGAAGUUGAUAGCUGCAAGUCAAAGUUGGAACAAGAAGCUGACGAAGCUUUUGCAUCAAUUGCGUCACGAUCUGAAGCACAGUACCUUUUUCCUAUUUGGCAUUGUUCCGCUCAUUAAGGCGGUUACGGAGGAUCCUUCACAGUUUCCUGAAACGGCUGUCUAUAAGAGCAAUGCAUUUUGUGCGGAUUAUAAGGCGGGAACUUCCGUGCCGGACUUCAAAUCGGCAAACUGUGAAUACAAUGCUUUGGAGUAUAUGUAUAUUGAUGGGGCGCAUCCUACGCAGCCAUUUCAUCAGAUCUUGGCUAAGAAGAUUUCUGAGCAGCUGACUGCACGAAAGUCCAUCGGUUGA